UAUCUAUGAGAUUUCCCUCCUGAAAUGAAUUUAACCUCACUUCUUCUGGUUCUUGUUCUAUGGAUAAUCCACAGGAAUCAGGAUCUCAAAUGUUAUUAGUUUAUAGAAUAUUUUUAUAAUCUUCAAUAAAAAAUUUAAAAUGGAUGUUGAAACAGAAAUCUUAAUACCAAAUAAAUUGUGUGAAAGAGCCGGUAUUUCCUUAGCAUGGAAACCAUUUAAUGAAAUGGGUAUUUUCGCAUAUGAAAGAAAACAUUCAGGAGCUCCAGAUAAGCAUAGUCAACACUAUCCAACAUCAGAAGCUUCAGUAUUUCAAAUUCGACAUGAUGUAAUUUUAUUCAGACCAGUCCUUCGAAAACUCGUCAAUGAAUCCAAUGGCACCUUUUUGAAUCUUCAGGGAGUAGUAUUAAGUAAUUCAUUCAAUCCUCAAGAAGAUUUACUCAACUUCAGCCGUCAAUAUAGAUCUAUAAUUAGGGCAUGCCUUGAAAAUUUGCAGGAAGAUAUUGUGAAGGCUAAAACUAAAUCUGAAAGAGAUGAGGUCCAAAAUCUCAUAACAAUAUUUUACUCUGUUGAGUGCAUAUGGCAUUUAUGUGAAAUUUUAUUUAUUGAUGCCACACCUGGAAAUGUGGUGCUUCCCCAUCUACUGGAUUGGGUUAGGUUUCAUUUUCCUAAAUAUGAGAGAAAUGCUGCCGAAAUGUUAUGUGAUGCAGGAAAUGCACUUGAAAUUAAAGCAGAAUUUUGGCCUACAGUAAUAGGUUCUCUUUUGCAAGGAAGAAUAAAAGUAGCAAGAGGACUUCUUAGGCAACAUUCUGCCGCAGAAACAAAACCUUUCAUAAUGGCAGAUCAGUGUCUGAAAACCAUGCCGCUGUAUGAUGUAUAUAGUGGAUUCUCUGCUCAAGAAUUUCAUUUACAAAGAAAGCAUUGGGUUGUGGAUGUUCAGUCAAAAAUUCAGGCCAAAGUCUUCUCCAGUUACAAGAAUUUGGAGCUUAUCAUGAAGAUAAUAGUAAAAGAAGACUUGGCAUGGGUGGAGGUCAAAAAUUAUUGCGAAACAUGGUUUGAGCUGUUGCCUGCUUGGUUAUUCUAUUCUGAUCCAACCGUUAAGUCAUAUGAAUUGGGAAAUUAUGCAAAGCUCUGUAUUAAAGAAAUGGGCAAAGAAGAUAAAUUGAGGCACAUAGAUAAAGUACUUUUGGCAGCAAUGCAGUAUGACCAGUUAGAGGUUAUGAAAGAAAUUCAGGGUAUAAAUGAGAAUGGUUGGUUUGCUACCCAUCUAAUUAAUAUUCUUUAUCAUUCUGGUCAGUUAUCAGUUAUUGAAAAGGAAUUCGAGAAAUUUUCUGGAAAAGCAGUUCAAGAAUCCUUUGUUCUUGAUUAUGGCACAAUGUUGAUGGGUCAUAAGUCUUUGUGGCAAGUAGGACUCAGCUAUUUAGAUCAUUGCUCCAAAGACGGAUUGAACGCAAUCGAACUUUUGUUGCCUAGACUGCCUCUUGAGAACGAGUUGAAAUGCCAAAAAAUAAUUAGAGAAGCUCAAAAAAGGGGUUUAACACAUACAGUUCAAUUUUUGUGCAAGGCGCAAGGUAUGAAAAAUGUUAAGAGGGGUCGUUUAGGUACUGCCCUAACAUGGGCCUUGAAAUCACAAGAUAGCACCUUUGUUUCUCUGUUAGCUGACAAAUUCCUCAGAGAAUAUGCAGAGCAUGGUAAAUUGAGAAAUACAGAUCUUCUUUUCAACUUAGGACCUAGCAUGUUAGCUAGUGACAGGCUCAUAUUUUUAGGCAAAUACUAUGAAUUCCAUAAACUAUACCAAGAAAGGCAAUUUAAAGAAGCAGGCAGUUUGCUCAUCAAAUUAUUAGAAUCAAAGAUAAUACCCAAAUAUUUCUGGUAUAUUUUACUAUUAGAAGCGAUACCAUUGUUGGAAAGUGAAGACAUAAUUUUCUCAAGUAAUGAUACUUAUAUGAUCAUAAAUCUUUUGGAAGGAUAUGAAAUGGAUGAGAAAGUAAAAAGCAAAUUAAAUAUAUUAAGAUUGGCAACAGCAAGAAAUUUGUCAAGAGCAAUUUUAUAUGAAGCUGAAGUAGUAUAAUUUCAAUGUAAAAAUCUGUCAAUAUUCUGUGUAAUAUUUAUACUUUUGUACGUUUUUCAAUAUGAAUAAAUGAUUAUAUUGAA